AUGGUUAACAUGCACUGGAACGGGCUGCCCAGGGAAGUGAUAGAGUCAGCAUUCCUGGAGGUACCUCGUGCAAAGAUGCCACAUGCAUUGCCAUUUGUCUUCCUCUUUCUAUUUCCGAUGCUGCUUUCAGGGGCUUGGUUUCCCAAAAGUUUACCCUGUGACGUUAAAGCAUCCGAAGAUACUGUGACAGUGGACUGUGUUGAUCGGCGUCUCACAGAAGUCCCCAGAGGGAUCCCUGCAAAUGCUACCAACCUUACGCUGAGUAUUAACCAUAUUCCCCACAUCCAUCCAAAAACGUUUGCUCACCUUGAAAACCUUGUAGAGAUUGACUUCAGAUGCAAUUGUGUGCCUGUCAGAAUGGGGCCCAAAGACUGUGUGUGUACAAUGAGACCAAAGAUUGAGUAUGGCAGUUUUGCUGCCCUGAAAAGAUUAAAAUCACUGUAUUUGGAUGCAAACCAGUUGAUGGAAAUACCCCGGGGUCUUCCCACUACUUUAAGUCUGCUAAGCCUGGAAGCAAACAGUAUCUCUUUUAUCCAAAAAGCCAAUUUUUCAGAGCUAGGAAACAUAGAAAUCUUGUACCUGGGUCAGAACUGUUACUACCGUAACCCAUGCAAUAUUUCAUUUGAAAUUGAAGAAACAGCCUUUCUGGAGCUGAAAAGGUUAACAAUACUUUCCCUGAAGUCUAACAACUUAACUCAUAUUCCACCCAAUUUGUCAUCCACCUUAAAGGAAUUGUACAUUUACAAUAACAUGAUUCAAGUGAUUCAAGAACAGGAUUUAAGUGCCCUUUCCAACCUGGAAAUUCUUGAUCUAAGUG